UCUCAGUGAUUGUCAUCUUCAUCAUGACCAUCAUCAUCUCUCUGCUCCUGCUGGCCUCUCUGCUUCCACACCAGACCUUCACUGCUCGUGUGAAUGUAGAUAUAGUGAAUGGCCGGGAAGCCAAACCCCACUCCAGACCUUACAUGGUUUCUCUUCAGAAGAACAGGAAUCAUAUCUGUGGUGGAUUCCUCAUUUCUGAUCAGUUUGUCUUGACUGCUGCACAUUGCUGGGACGGAUUUGAGAUUUUGACAGUUAUUGUUGGUGCCCAUGACUUAAGCAACAGCAAGAGUUCAGAUCGCAUUGGAGUGAAGUCCUACAUCCCACAUCCAAACUAUAAGCCUAUUCAGAAUGACAUCAUGCUUUUGAAGCUAGAGAAAAAAGUCAAACUAAACAACAACGUUAGACUGAUAUCAUUACCAAGGAAUGGAGAAGAAGUGGGAACAGAUACGGUCUGUAUUGUUGCCGGCUGGGGAAGACUGCAGACUAAUGGCACAGGGAGCAAUGUUCUAAUGGAGGCAAGCAUGACUACAAUAAAUCAGGCAGAAUGUCAGCGUAGAUGGCGAUUGAGCUUCUUGGCCUCACAGAUGAUCUGUGCAUAUGGCGGUGGUGGAUCCUGCAGAGGGGAUUCAGGAGGUCCUUUGGUUUGUGGAGACACUGCUGUUGGGGUCACGUCUUUUGGAUAUAGAUAUCUCUGCAAUUCACCUGAGCGUCCUAAUGUGUAUACUAAGAUUUCAGCAUAUAUUCAAUGGAUCCGCAGAGAAAUUAGAAAUAUUAAGUGACUUCAUGUAAACUAAAAAAGGAAGAAAUGUUUUUCUUGAAUUCUUCCAUAAAUCUUCUUUCAAUAAAAGUAUCACAUGGCAAGCAUCAA